CUGAGCGCAACGCUUCUCAUUGUAACCAUCCCGCUCGAGAGGAAGGUAGUUGCCCAUUGCCCGCUAUACUGCGAUCCUUCAGCACGGUCGCAUGAGAAGCGCCGAGUGAAGAGCGCGUGCAGCAGUAAGAGGGGCAAGCAUAGCGCAAGGGAAGAAAGAAACGAAAGAGUAGGAAACUUAUAGAGAGAAGUAUGGCCGUGUCCGCGACUCCGCCGGUGCUUUCGCCGACCUCGACUCCAGGCGCGGGCAGCCUGUUCCGUCCCGACCCGCUGUACUCCAGUCCGGCCGAGUCCCCGCGCCUGACCAGCAGCAUGAUCAACUCCUUCAUCAGCGGCGGCGGCGGAGGAGGUGGAGGUGGCAACAACGGCAGCGCUGGCGGCAGCAGCAACAACGAGUGCAAAAUGGUGGAGGUCCACGGGGUCAAAGUGGCCUCGUUUACCGUGGACGGCCAGGAACUGAUCUGCCUACCGCAGGUUUUUGACCUCUUCCUCAAGCACCUGGUUGGCGGGCUGCACACCGUGUACACCAAGCUGAAGCGGCUGGAUAUAUGCCCCGUGGUGUGCACGGUGGAGCAGGUCCGGAUCCUGCGCGGACUCGGCGCCAUCCAGCCCGGCGUGAACCGCUGCAAGCUCAUCAGCCGAAAAGACUUCGAGGCGCUCUACAACGACUGCACGAACGCCAGCUCUCGUCCGGGCCGCCCUCCGAAGCGCUCCUUGGGGGUGACCAUGCAGGACAGCUCUAGGCUCCUCCCCCACAGCGUCCACGGCCUCCUAUCCCCGAGCCUGCUCUCUCCUACAGGUCUAACAGCAGCAGCCAUGGCGGAGGCAAUGAAGCUGCAGAAGAUGAAGCUCAUGGCCAUGAACAACAUUCACGGAGCAGGCAGCCAGAAUGGCACCGAGUCUGAGAAUGAAGAGCUUAACUCCAAUGCAGGUGGAAGUGAGUCUUCCUGGGAUAAGGAAAAGCUGCAGUCUCCACCUUCAUCUGGAGCACAGCAUGGCCUGGCCCACGCUGGACUCUCUGCGCAGCAUGGCCUGUCCGGCUCCCACCUCAGCUCACUGCAGCAGAGCCAUCUCCUGGCCAACCGUCUGGACCUACCCUUCAUGAUGAUGCCCCACCCCUUGCUGCCCGUCAGUCUGCCACCUGCCUCUGUCGCCAUGGCAAUGAACCAGAUGAACCACCUAAACACCAUAGCCAACAUGGCCGCUGCUGCACAGAUGCACAGCCCGCUCUCUAGAGCAGGAGCGUCAGUCAUCAAGGAGUGUGUGCAGGACAGUCCAUCUCCAGCUCCAUCUCUGGAAGAGGCUCCUCGCCCCGGCUCACAGCCCUCUUCUCACGUCAGCAGCAGUGUGUCCAGCUCCCCAAACCCACACCCACAGAGCCCAGAGCGUCUGGUACUGAAUUCAACUGAUGGAGAGAUUGCAGACCGAGAGACUGGCAUUAAUAUGAAGAAGAUAAUCAAAGAGAAAGAUGAAGCUCAGCUAGCCCUGCCCAUGCUGAAACCGGGUUUUGAGAAGCUUCCUCUGAGCACUCAGACUCUUCCUCCAGGCUUCCCCGCUCCAUUUCUUUUCGCAGAUGGCCUUUCUUCUGUGGAGACAUUGCUCACCAAUAUCCAGGCGGCACAGGGCCUGCUGAAAGUGGCUGUGGAUAAUGCCCGUGUGCAGGAGAAACAGGUCCAGCAGGAGAGGAAAGAACUGAAGAUGGAGCUGUAUAGAGAGAGGGAGAUGAGGGAGAGCCUGGAGAGACAGCUCACCUCUGAGCUACACAGCCGAGCUACCAUCCAGAAGCGUCUAAAGAAGGAGAAAAAGGCAAAGAGGAAACUGCAAGAGGCUCUAGAGUUUGAGGCAAAAAGAAGACAGCAGGUGGAGCAGGCCCUCAAACAGGCCACCUCUCCUGAGAGCCUCUGCAUGAGUCUCAAUGAAAAAGUGAUACCAGAAGUAGAGCCUGAGCAUAACGGCAAUCAGCAGGAGAACUCAGCCGUACAAGAGAACAGACCCUACUCCAAACCUCCCAUCAUGUACUGAGAUGGAUGUGCAGCUUUCCUUGGAUUUCCUCCCCACUUGUGGAUAGUUGCUUCACUCCACUAAUGGACUCUUUGCCUGUAUUUUGGCUAUUUUGGAGAUGGCUGUGGGAUUUGUAUGAAGGCAAAGCAGUAAGGGUGGUCACCCCAGAUCACCUGAAACUCAUGUACAGGACUCAAGUGUGUGCGUGUGUGUGCGUGCGUGUGUGUAUGUGUAUUGCGGUGCAGUGUGAUUGCGGUCCUUGCAGUGUGUAUCCAGAGUACCACUUGUUGGCAGCCGCCCACCACACCACAGCAACUUGUAGAAAAAGAAAAAAA